UCCAGGUUCAACUGUUGGAAAAUGUACACCAGAUGAAUCUAUACAAUAUAUCGCCGAUUGUAUUAAUAGAGCGCAUAAUGCGACAAAAAGUGUUAUUUGUGUAGUUGAAAAUAUGGCGGGCGCUGGAAAUUCCGUGGGAGCGAAAUUUGAAGAACUUGGUAAAAUCAUUUCACUGGUCAAAAAUAAAAACCGUAUUGGUGGUUAUGAUCUUCGUACAAAAGAAAGUUAUGAAGAAACUAUGUCUGAUUUCUCUCGUCAUGUUGGUUUCCAAUACUUAAGAGGUGUGCAUUUGAAUGAUUCUCUUAAAGAAUUAGGUUCUCGUCGUGAUAGGCAUGCAAACAUCGGUAAAGGUUAUUUGGGUUUGGAGCCUUUUCGAUUAAUUAUGAAUGAUAUUCGUAUGGAUGAAAUACCUUUAAUUCUGGAGACCCCUGUACCUGACGAUGACCUUGAAAUUUACGAAAAGGAAAUUGAUCUUCUAUAUAGGCUUAUUGGUAAACAGACAUUAGCCGAUGCUGAUAUUCCAAAAAAUUUAAUUAAGGAUAUAUCAUUGGGUAAAAAGAAAAAUGGUAACAAAAAUGUUUUUGAGAUUGAUGAUGAUGAUGAGUCGAAUGAGAUUGUUCCACAAAAGAAAAAGGCUAAAAAUUAA